CCUGGACAUCGACAAGAGCAACAGAACCAACAGGGUCAUUCCCUGCACCACACUCUAGGGAUCUGAACCACCGUCUUCAACACUCUUCAUCUGACCGUUCCUGUAUUGAUCAUCUUUGAAAAUGAAAGGCACGAUACUCGUAACCCUGGUGGUCCUAAUUGGCUUGGUGACCCCUCACGUGAAUGCGAACAACUUGGAAGAUCUCUUCGACGAAGAAGGGGACUUCCAAAUGUUUCUGGAUGAGGAGGCCAUAGGUGACGUCCUGGCUGCUAGCUGGUUCUCUAAAGCGAUCCACGAUGCCGGUUCUUGGACUAAGAAGGCGGUCAAAGAUGCCGGGGAUUGGACCAAGAAAGCCGCCAGUGAUGUUGCGGAUACUGUCAAGAAGGGAUGCGGUGUGGUCAACUCGCUGCCUGGAAAGGAGCUGGAGCUGAUGAAGCGUAGGGAUGAGGUCCUCCGCAAACGUGGGAUCAGUGAAGACCAGAUUGCCGCUGUGUACGGGGGCUACAAGAACCUAAAGAAUGCUUGCAGUAUGUUGGGUUAAAUACCAAAUUUACAUCAAAGAGGACAAGGACGAUUAAAGGCAACACAGGAGUCACUGGAGGAGCUCGCGCCUUUGAAUGUAUUUUGAAACAGAUAUAUGGCGCCAUACAAAUGCUGUGAAUCAUCAUCAUCAUCAUCAUCAUCAUCAUCAUCAUCAUCAUCAUCAUCAUCAAUAUUUUCCUUUAUAGGAAUGCAGCUUGAAGAAAUUAUGAAGACGAAGAUGUUCCCGUAAAAAUUACAUAUAAUGUCAUAUUAAAAAAUAAUAAGGAAUAUUUCUUGUUUACAUUCCAUGACAAACUGGUAUAUUUAUGAGUUUGCUGAUCGUUCGUCUGAGUAAAUUAUAAUAAAUUGAAGUA